AUUGGUUGGCCGGGAGAAGGGAGUCCGGCGCCGAUUCGCCGGUGCGGCGCACGUGACGCUGGUGGGGCCGUGACGCCCGCCGUGGCGGAGGGGCUCGGCUUGUCAGGACCAGAAAUAAGCAGUAUCUCCCAAAUACUUGACAUACCUUUUCUCCACUUGGUAGCAAACCUGCACGAAGUGACUUGGAUAUUCUGACGUAUAUCUUAAUGCAGCUUCUUUUGAUAACUAGUAAUAAACUGGAAGACGUACAGUUAUGGCAAUGGAUGCGAUGAGUUCUGAAGAUGAGCCCCUCUGACAGAGUGCUGAAUCAUCCCAGGGCACUCCAUCCUCUAAUAAGAAGACUGCACUUACACAACUAGAGGAGUCAACAUCUAUCUGAAUGAAAGAAAUAAGCAAAGGAAUAUGUUAACUACGCAUGGGCGAAAUCAUCAGUGGACAAGGAGUUCCUAGAAAACAGAGGUAUAUUUUGGAAAGUGAAAGUCAGAAGAAGCAGCUGCUGGCAUAAAGAAAAGUAUACUAAGGAUCAUUUUUCAGAGAAAAAUUUUAAAGAUGUGGUAAAGAGGCUAUCUUGUCACCUCUACGGUAUAUAGUGCCUUAAAAAAUGGGGUUUGGAAGUGACCUGAAGUAUUCUCAUGAUGCUUUAUUAAAACUGCAAGAUUGGGAACUACGACUGCUUGAAACAGUGAAGAAAUUUAUGGUCAUGCGAGUAAAAAGUGAUAAAGAGUACGCCUCCACUUUACAGAAUCUUUGUAAUCAAGUAGAUAAAGAGAGCACUUCUCAACUGGAUUAUAUCAGCAAUGUGUCCAAGUCUUGGUUGCUCAUGGUGCAGCAAACAGAACAGUUGAGCAAAAUAAUGAAGACACAUGCAGAGGAUCUUAAUUCUGGUCCUUUGCAUAGGCUUACAAUGAUGAUCAAAGAUAAGCAGCAAGUGAAGAAGAGUUAUGUAGGUGUUCAUCAACAAAUUGAAGCAGAGAUGUACAAGGUCACAAAGACAGAACUGGAGAAACUAAAAUCUAGCUAUAGACAACUAAUAAAAGAAGUAAAUUCUGCCAAAGAAAAGUAUAAAGAAGCUGUGGCUAAAGGAAAGGAGACUGAAAAAGCCAAAGACCGGUGUGAUAAAGCCACUAUGAAGCUUCACAUGUUGCAUAAUCAAUAUGUGUUGGCACUGAAAGGAGCACAGUUGCAUCAGCACCAAUAUUAUGAUACUACACUUCCUCUGUUACUUGAUUCCCUACAGAAGAUGCAAGAAGAAAUGAUCAAAGCACUAAAAGGGAUCUUGGAUGAAUAUAGCCAGAUCACUAGUCUUGUAACAGAAGAGAUUGUGAAUGUCCAUAAAGAGAUCCAGACCUCUGUUGAACAGAUAGACCCUAACUCUGAAUAUAAUGACUUCAUAGAAACUCACAGGUCAUCAGAAGUUGUUGAACAAGAAAUAGAGUUUGAUACGUCUUUACUAGAAGAAAAUGAAAACCUUCAAGCUAAUGAGAUCAUGUGGAAUAAUCUAACAGCAGAAAGUUUACAAGUCACGUUAAAAACGGUAAUAGAAGAGCUGGUGCAGACGCAGCAGACACUUUUGAGCAAAGAGGAACUUGUGCUGGAACUAGAGAAGAAAAUAGAAGAAUCUUCUAAAACUUGUGAAAAGAAGUCAGAUAUUGUACUUUUGCUGAGCCAAAAGCAAGCACUGGAAGAACUCAAGCAAACAGUUCAGCAAUUAAGAUGCUCUGAGGCAAAAUUUGCAGCACAGAAAGAACUACUGGAACAAAAGGUUCAAGAGAAUGAUGGGAAAGAGCCACCACCUGUAGUGAAUUAUGAAGAAGAUGCCAGAUCAGUCACUUCUAUGGAUAAGAAGGACAAAGUCUCAAGGUUUGACACUAUUCGUCACUCUAUAGCUGGAAUUAUAAGAUCUCCAAAAUCCAUGCUGGGCUCGUCAUCGUUCUUUGAUGUAAUAUCAACCACUGAGAAACCAUUGGCAGAGCAAGACUGGUAUCAUGGUGCAAUUCCAAGAAUAGAAGCCCAGGAGCUGUUAAAACAGCAAGGAGACUUCUUGGUGCGAGAGAGCCACGGGAAACCUGGUGAAUAUGUCCUUUCUGUGUUUUCAGAUGGACAACGGAGGCACUUUAUCAUACAAUAUGCUGAUAGUCAGUAUCGUUUUGAAGGAACUGGAUUUCCAACUAUUCCUCAGCUCAUAGACCAUCAUUACACGACAAAGCAAGUCAUUACAAAGAAAUCUGGUGUUGUUCUGCUGAAUCCUGUUGUUAAGGAUAAGAAAUGGGUUCUCAAUCAUGAAGAUGUCACACUGGGGGAAUUACUUGGCAAAGGUAAUUUUGGUGAGGUAUAUAAAGGAACAUUAAAGGAUAAGACUCCUGUUGCUGUAAAAACUUGUAAAGAAGAUCUUCCUCAGGAACUGAAAAUAAAAUUUCUGUCAGAAGCCAGAAUACUCAAACAAUAUGAUCAUCCUAAUAUUGUAAAACUUAUAGGAGUUUGCACACAACGGCAACCUAUUUAUAUUGUUAUGGAACUUGUUCCAGGAGGUGAUUUCCUGUCCUUUUUAAGAAAGAAGAAGGAUGAGCUAAAAACUAAACAGUUAGUGAAAUUUUCAUUAGAUGCUGCUUCUGGUAUGGCAUAUCUCGAAUCUAAAAACUGUAUACACAGAGACCUGGCUGCAAGGAACUGCUUGGUAGGUGAAAGCAACAUCUUGAAAAUAAGCGAUUUUGGAAUGUCUCGUCAAGAAGAUGAUGGAGUGUAUUCAUCUUCAGGCUUAAAGCAGAUUCCUAUCAAGUGGACUGCUCCAGAAGCUCUCAACUACGGGAGAUACACAUCUGAGAGUGAUGUAUGGAGCUUUGGAAUCCUUUUGUGGGAGACGUUCAGUUUAGGAGUGUGCCCAUACCCUGGAAUGACCAACCAACAAGCACGAGAACAAGUGGAGAAAGGAUACAGAAUGUCAGCUCCACAAAAGUGUCCAGAAGAAAUAUAUAAAAUAAUGCAGAGGUGCUGGGACUACAAACCUGAAAACCGGCCAAAAUUCAGCAUAAAUGAAAGGAGAUAUACAAUGGGGACUCUACAUUAUCUUCCUUCCCUCCACCUUCUGCUUGGUCAUGCCACAGAUUCAGACUCUUCAGUAGACCGACCAGCUAGAACAUAUCUGUUCCCACUGUUAAUUUUAUCAUUACCUGUAACUGACAAAUGAACUUAUUUUUCCCACUGAGCUUCCCACCCAUUUUUUACUGAAAUGCUAAAAAUAUGGAACAGGAAAAACUCAGGGUUUAGGCUCAUCACACAGGAGACAGGCAGAUUCCUACAAAGAAAGCUUGAGGACUGAAAGCCAAAACCACACACCUACCCUUCCCUCCUAUUAAAGGAUUGUGUAGUUAUAUGUAUGUUUGAAAGACAUCCAGAGAUGAAGCUUGAACUAAUAAUUGUAGGACUGCUGUUUUCCCAAUUACAUAAUUUUCCUUCAUAUAAUUGUGGGCAACUGGAGAAGGAGGAGGGGUGCUGGCGAAGGAGGAAAGGUUGGUUCACUGACCCACUAGCAUACAUAGAGCUUUUGACUCAUGUAACCUUGAGUGAGGCACGGAUACAGUUUGCAAACAUGUUUAGAUUUUUUUUUCCAGUUUGUGCCAAAGUAUGCACCAGCAAGUUUAACGUCAGGUAAAGCACCUUUUAUACUCUUUGUUUUUUAAAAAUAAUAUAUUUGUGAAACAGAUCGAUAAUACAUAACACUGGAAAUGGGUGCUUCUUCCCAAAAGUACACAUGUAAAAUAAAAAAAAAAAAAACAAAACGACGUUUGUGAGUUUAUCUGGCUUUUAAGCAAGUCUGAAAUGAUAACUAUGUAAUACAGUUGUCAGUUGUCUGUCCUUUAUAAUUUUAAAUAGAUCUGCAUUUUAACUUUUAUUUAUUUGCCAAUUUUUUAUAUACUUUAAAGUUACACAUUUGAACUUAAGCUAACUUUUUAUUUUCCUAGGCUGUUACAAAACAGAAUUUCAGUAUUCUUGUAAACUGCAGACCAUUUCUGAAUAGCCCUUUGUCUUUUCCGAUGGACCAGUUACCACUAAUGAGUCUGCAGUCCCCUUUUUACUGUACUCUUCCAAUAAAUGUAAAAUAUUUGUAUCAA